AUGACCAAAAACAUCUACGACACGCCCGAGUUCUUUGCGGAGUACUCCUCCUUUAGCAAACAGAAGAACGGCCUGGAAUACGCAGAAGAAUGGCCUCCUUUGCGGGCCCUCCUUCCAGACCCAACUGGCAUAAAAGCGAUGGAUAUCGGAUGCGGCUUUGGCUGGUUCUCACGAUGGGCAAUGGAAGUUGGCGCUGAAUCAGUGAAGGCCAUAGAUGGCUCUGAAAAUAUGCUCAGCAAAGCUCGCGAGAUGACACGCAACAAUAGCAUUCGUUACGAAAAGGCUGAUCUAGAAACCAUCGUUUUCGACAAGGAUGAGGAAAAUACGUACGGCUUGGUCUUUAGCUCCCUGGUACUUCACUACGUCGUCAACCUUGAUAGCCUUGUACACCAGAUACAUCGCGUCUUAGCACGUGGCGGUUCCUUUGUAUUUUGCACCGAACAUCCUAUCUUCACCGCACCAUCAAAUGAAGAACCGGUCAAUGACAAGGAAACUGGGAAACUAUCCUGGCCUCUCGAAGGAUACCAGGAAGAGGGUGUACGACAAACAGAUUGGCUGGUGAAGGGUUUCCAGAAACAGCACAGAACUAUGGCUAGUUACAUCAACAUUCUGCUCAGAGCUGGAUUCGAGAUCACAGGGUUCGACGAGGGUUACCUCAGCCCGGGGAAGAUUCAAGAGUUGCAUGGUUUGGAGAGAUUGGACGUGCCUAAAUAUCUUAUGAUAUCGGCCGUUAGAAAGUGA